AUGGUAGCCGAUACCUACAAUAAGGAACCCAAGAUAUCCACAGCAAAUAAUUUUCAAAAAAAACCUUUAACAAUUACAAAAAUGACGGAAGUUGAAAAUGGCGUACAAAAUGAAAAUGAAAUCCAUACAGAGGACAAAAAAUGGAUUAAUCACAAACAGGAGGUGAAGUGGAUAAAUGUCGCAAUUCUUUUUCUCUUACAUGGAGGUUUCCUGUAUUCGUUGUUUAAUUUUAAUUGGUUUGAAAAUUGGAAGACAAUCAUUUGGAUUUUCGUCGGGAUUUAUACAUUACACUCAAUCGGUGUGAACGGUGCUAUUCAUCGUCAUUGGACUCACCAAUCGUUUAAAGCAAAUUGGCCGCUCAGAGUUAUAUUUCUUAUUUGCUACUGCAUAGCUGGCCAGAACAAUCCUUUUGAGUGGGUGCGAGAUCAUCGAGUACACCAUAAGUACACAGACACAGACGCGGAUCCACACAAUAGCAACCGAGGAUUCUUUUUCUCUCAUGUCGGCUGGCUGAUGAUGAAAAAGCAUCCAGAGGUGAUACAAAAAGGUCGUCAGAUUGAUAUGAGUGACGUAAUGGCGGAUCCCAUUUUCAUAUUCGGUUGCAAACAUUUCUUGAUAUUAAAGAUUGUUUUCGCUUUCUUGCUACCGAUUUCAAUACCCGUGUACGCAUGGAACGAGAUCUGGUCCAGGGUCGUUAUGUCACAGAUUUUUCGUUACGUACUUUUGCAUUUCACGUGGAUCGUUAACAGUGCAGCUCACAUGUUCGGUUCGAAGCCAUACGAUGCAGAAAUCAAUCCGUCGGAGAACAGACUCGUGGCGUUUUUGGCAUGUGGCGAGGGUUGGCACAAUUAUCAUCAUGUGUUCCCAUGGGACUACAAGGCGGCUGAAUUAGGCGAUUAUAAAUUGAAUAUCACCACGAUGUACAUUGACCUAUUCGCGAAGAUCGGCUGGGCAUACGAUCUCAAGCAACCAUCAAUGGAUCUCGUGAAAGCUGUAUUUGCGAAAAAAGGAGACAGGAGUCAUUGGAGUAUUGUAUCGAAUGCAAACAAUAAAACUGAGUAA